UGUUGUUAAUCACAUUUAUCAAAGCUCUGUAUUUGUCUGUUUAAUGUUGUUGCGUGCUUUUAUAAAAGAGAAUGGAGUAAAUUUUUAAAUAUGUUUAGUUUUAAAUGGACGAUUUUGGUUUGGUGUGUUCUCAAUAAUUAUGUAACAACAAAUAUCCAUGUAUAUGUGUCACAACUUAAUGGAAAGGAUGAAGAUGUUUGCGGUGGAACGGAGCAUAAUCCUUGCGGCACUAUUAAACACGCUAUUGAGAAAAUAGCAGAUGAUAAGGCACAGAUUAUUAUCGAUGGAGGUCACUUCUCAAAGGAAUCCUACACAUACUAUAUUAACAGCACCAUUAAUAUCGAUAAAAAUAUUUACAUUCAAGGUAACUCAAGGACCGGAAAACCAGUACUUAAAUCUGAUCCAACGGGAACUACGAAAUAUGCCUUUAAAUUUAACGCAGAUAUCAAUAACGAGUUUCUUCUACAAAAUUUAGUUUUUGAUAAUAUCGGCAUCGCAAAGGUUCAAAACCACGUGGUGCUUAACCUGAUAGAUCUGGAAGUUCGAAACCGUGAGCAAAUGGAAACAGAUGUCAUUUGUUGCAUUGACCAUCAACAAGCAGAUGUCGAUGUAUCAAUACAUAGUUCAGUUAUUUUUAACUACAGAUAUUUCCUUACAAUGGAAAAUUUCCGUUCAGUCCGUAUUCAAAUGGAAGAUGUACACGUAAUCGGGCGUAUGUCAAAUGGAAGUUUUAUUCAAAAUGUUUUUCGUCUAUGGUCAUAUGAGCCUGACCUUCUUGAAAUCAGUUUUAUUCGUUGCAAAUUCAGCAAUCUAGCAAGUGUAUUGCAAAUAAAGAUAGAUAUUUUGUCGUUCAAUACUUACUACAAAAGGCACGUUUCGAAUAAAUUUCUUGUGCUAAACAGCACUUUCCAAAAUGAAGUAGAUAAAGAUAUUGAAACACAUCCGACCGCCAAUUCAACUAUAUUCAUUCAAGGCCAUAUAGUGAUAGACAUAAAGAAUUCCCAUUUCUUAGGUGGAUAUGGUUUGCAAGCCGGUGCAAUUCACUUAUGGCGAGUUACCAAUAAAAUUGAUAUUGAUAAUACAACGUUUGUUAACAACACUGCCAGAUGGCAAGGAGGCGCUUGUUAUUUUGUUGACAACCGCAAGAUAUACAUCACAAACAGUUUAUUCGAGAAUAAUAUUGCUUUGGAUGAUGCCGUUGGAAACGCAGGUGCAAUUGGUAACCACGGUAACCUUACUGUCCGCCAUUGUACCUUUAUUAACAACACAGCCCAAACACUCGGUGGCACGAUUAUGCAUAGUCCAAACUUAUUGGACAGUAAUAAACGUGGAGUAUUAGAACUUUUCGACUCAACAAUGAUAGGAUCCUCCACACCAUCUGCAACAAUGGGUGGUAUGAUCUACUCAUCAUCAGAUAUGGUGGUUGAGAAUAUGUAUUUUAAAGUUAAUCAUGCUGAUUCUACAGGGGCAUCGUUAUUCCAUUUAGAUCUGACCAGUAUUGUGAAGGUAACGAAGAAUGUCAGCUUUCAUUGCCCAAUUAAUCAGAUGUUGUAUAUUGCAACGCAAGAAGUAAUUACUAACGAAAGCAAUCAUCAUUUUCGCAGUUGGAGAUAUUACUGUGAAUUUUGCCCAAAUCAGCAAUACAGUGUAAACCAUUCCUAUGAACAUAUAAUGACCCCAUCGAGCAAUCGUACAAAGAACAUCACGUGUCACCCCUGUCCUACAGGUGGGACAGUGCGGGGAAAAAUCAUAAGUAAUGAUGACUUUUGGGGAUACAGUCUAGGAGAUGGCAGUGUUAAAUUUAUUCCCUGUCCACCUUCUUACUGCUGCUCUAGGUUUGGAAAGAAAUGCUCUAGUUAUAAUACAUGCAACCAUAAUAGAGAUGGUUUGUUAUGUGGCAAGUGCAGGAAAGGGUAUACCGAGAAUUUUAUUUCCUUGCAAUGUAUUAAGGACUUCAACUGUAGUAAGCUUAUGUUUUGGACGCUAUUUAGCGUCAUCUCCAUUUUAUACGUUCUCUUCAUCAUGUAUCUUAAAAAUAUUAUUAUUUUUUUCAAAAAACUUGCAAAUAUUGUAUUUGCGUUCGACAACAUAGUAACAAAGGAGCACGCAUAUGCACCAAUCGGCUCGUCUGAUCGAGAAUCUGAAGAAGAACGUAUUCUGACUAAUGCUAGCAGAGGAGAUGUAGUUGAUCGUAAUGGGGAGAACGAUGGAAGGAUAUCUGGGUUAAUCAAGAUUCUAUUCUUUUUUUACCAAGUUGAGUUUACGAUUCAAGUAAAGACAUCAACAAAGCAAUCAUAUGAUCAUUCUUCCUUUCUGAAAGAAAUGAUAUCAUCAAUUUUUAAUAUCAACAUUGCAUCAAGUAAAUACUGGUUUCUAAUGUGUCCUUACGCCGGAUUGACGCAGCUUGGGAAAGUUGGUAUCAAAGUAUUUUUUAUCGCAUUGCUAUUUGGAAUAAUAAUGACCGUGUAUGUUAUCUUUUACCUUGUUAACAAAUAUGGAAAGAUAAAGAAAUAUAAAGGUAGAACCGUCGAACAAUUUAAUUCAGUUGAUGAGGAGGACAUUCCAAUUUUUCUAAAACCGCCAUUUCAACUUCGUUUAGUUUGCAGCUUGAUUCAGUUGUUGUUGUUGAGUUAUUCGACCUUUGCACGUUCUUCAAUAGCCAUGAUCAAUUGUGUUAAUAUAAAUGGAGCAUUGCAUCUGUAUGUAUAUGGCGAGUUGCAAUGUUACCAUUGGUGGCAAUAUAUCAUCUUCACUGUGAUUGCAAUAUGGAUACUACCAUUCAGUUUUACAAUCUACUUCAGCUGUAAAUUACUACGAUCAUGCAGAAUAACACUGACUCAAUUUUUUCUUAUUUUAUUUUUCCCACCAAUGCUUUUGGUAUACUACAUCAAGAUAUCAUUAUCCAAAGUAAAACCACAUUUAACAAAAAGACAUGCUGCUUAUUUAAAACAAACAGUGAUGAUCUUUGAGGAACCUUUUAAACAUAAGUAUUGGGAAUCUGUGCUUAUAUUUCGACGAAUGACAAUUAUUCUGAUAUGUUUUACCAUUUCAGAUCCAAUGUUGAGACUGUACGUGGUGAUGGUGCCAUUGUUAUUGUUUAUUGUGCACCAUAUAUACGCUUGGCCUUACAAGCACAGAGUACUAAAUUGGUUGGAAACAGUAUCACUUCUUUUAAUAUGUUUUAUGGCUGUUAUAAACCUGUUUUGGAGUUAUAUAUAUGUUUCAAACAUUCCUGUCACUACUCUUUUGAGUACCAUUGGCCAAGUCUUUGUUAUUAUGGAGAACGUGAUACUCCUUCUGCCAGUAGCUGCAAUGAUUUUAUUGCUUGUGUUAGCAUGUGGCCGUAGACUAUACCUUCUCUGUAAAAAAUGGAAGGUGAAAGACAAAGAGUAAUAUUCAUAAUAUUUUAAAAGCUUAGCAGUCAUUUCCAUAUAUUCUUACUUUAUGAUUGAUUUUGACUUCAGUUUAUGCAACUUAUAAUAAGUGAUAUGAAAUGUAAGUAAAAGUAUAUAUAUUUCUAAUAAAAUAGAGAAAAUGUUCCAUUUUGUUGUCUGUUUAAAUCGUCAUGAUUUGCUAAUGUUUGAUUUCUUUUUUGGUAACGUUGUUUGUCUUUAAUUUUUUGGACAAACAAUUAAAUGAAAUAAAAUCAAAAUAUUUAAUAGCCUUUUCCUCAAGGUUGGAUCAAUGAUUGCCACGUUAAAAUUGCUUGGGAAAUUAAAAUUUUUGAAGGUAUCUCCUGGAUUGCACUGUUUAUUUGCAUCGGCGAAAAAUCAGCAACUGCAGGUACUGCAAAUACGGCAGAAA